AAACAUGCAUGCCUCACUGUCCAGGAGUUGCUCUCGAGUGUCUCUCAAUCUCCUCUUUACUGGAUCCACAAGCUCUUGCAUUACAUUUCCCAGAACUUCUACUACAACUACGCGUAACCGCACGACUCGUCACCCCAAACCACAUGUCCUUUACAUCCGGCAUGCCUCCAGCAGCGCAAAUCCGUUCCCUUAUCCCUCCGACCCACGUCCUACACCACACCAAAUAUUCCAUCUACCCAAAUCCGCAUCUCAAGCGGACGUCAAGGACCGAUAUUACGAACUGGUCCGGAUCUAUCACCCCGACUCUCCCGUCGCUCGCGCCUACCCACCUCAUGUCUCCCAAGAACGCUUCCACGCAAUAUCAGGAGCCUAUAACGUCCUCCGAGGUCGUCCAGCUUCCUCGCCACACUCUGGUCCUAGCGAAGGUGGCGAUGGGAGAGUGAGGGACUGGCAUAAUCUGAGUACGGAAAUGUGGAAGGUGAGGCAGAGGAGAAAGGCGCAUGCAGAGCUGAAUGUGGGUGCGGUAGAUGAGAGGUGGAAGGACAGGGCAUUCGUUGUUAUACUGGCUAUGUCUGUUGGCGUUUUCUUUUGGCAAUCGAGCUCGUCGAGGCAGCAGUCGUUCAAAGACAACAUCAAUCAGGCACGGAUGCGUGCGGAGGCCAGAGAGCAAUUCAUAGGCGUAGAUCGGGAAAGGGAAAGAAGGGCCGCUAGAGCAGUGAAAAGAGCAGAAGAGAUACGAAGGGAGGAGAAGCUACUUUCUGCGGACAGUGACGACGGUGAGGUCGAUAGGAGACCUUCAUAGGACUAUUGUGAAGUCGUUCUCGGUGGGUAUUUCGUGUUUGAUCUUCAUUCUCGGCCUAUUGGUAGGAAGCUUGAGUUUUGACCUCAGUGGAGGGAGCCAAGCCACAGUACAGCACUGGGUACGAUCCAUAUGGACGAGCCACACUUCUCGAAAGGUCAAAAUGGUGCGUGUAAUCAAGCACGCCUUUCGAUCAACUACAUAAGCAAG